GCGGCGGCGGCGGGAGGGAGGGAAGGAGGGAGGCGAGCGGGCGCGCUUGUCAUGUUGCCUCGCUCACCCUGGGGGCAUCGUGCAGAACCUCUCCUCGGAAAUCCACGGGGAAAUGGCAAACAGGAUUGACGGGUUUCACACGCUCCUCGCUAGACAGAGCCGCUCAUUACCAUAACCGUCUGCAGCGACGGCGGCGCGGCGCCCCAGUCGCGGCGGCGGGACCUGCCGGGACCCUCGCCCGCCGCGCACCCGCGGCCGCCACCAGCACCAGCACCCGCACCUCCCCGGACCGGGCCGGGCCCCGCACGCGCGGAGUGUGCACCGGCGGCCGGGCUGGCGCCGAGCCCGGAGCGGGCCAGCAGCAGCUCGAGCGCCGCGGCCGCCGCCGCCUCCCGGCUGACCCCGCGAUCUGAGGCUGUCAGAGAUGACUCUGGUUCUGUCCAUGAAUAGAUUCUGCGAGCCCAUUGUCUCGGAAGGAGCUGCUGAAAUUGCGGGGUACCAGACACUAUGGGAGGCUGACAGCUACGGAGGCCUGAGCCCCCCGGGGCCAGCCCAGGCUCCCCUGCAGGGAGACCGGGGAGCCGGUCCCCCCCUGGCAGGAUCACAUUACAGGGGAAUUUCAAAUCCUAUAACAACAUCCAAGAUCACAUACUUUAAGAGGAAGUAUGUGGAAGAAGAGGAUUUUCACCCACCACUCAGCAGCUGUAGCCAUAAAACCAUCUCAAUCUUUGAGGAGCGAGCCCACAUCCUUUAUAUGUCCUUAGAAAAGCUAAAGUUUAUCGAUGACCCUGAAGUGUACCUCCGAAGAUCUGUGCUUAUAAACAAUCUGAUGAAAAGGAUCCAUGGAGAAAUUGUCAUGCAGAAUAACUGGUGCUUUCCUGCCUGCUCUUUCAAUGGCGCCUCUGCCCAGGAGUGGUUUAUGGCUCAAGACUGUCCUUACCGGAAACGACCUCGGAUGGCCAAAGAGGAGUGUGAAAAGUUUCAUGCCUGCUGCUUGUACCAGGAAUGUGGUGGUCACUACCUAAAUUUACCCCUUUCGGUCAAUGCUAAUGUCGGAAGUGCCUCCACCACUGCCUCCUCUUCCUCCCCCUCCUCGUCUUCCUCUUCCUCUCCCCCUCUGCCUUUACCGAGCUGUUCCCACCAGGUGGAUUUUGAUAUAGGCAGCACACCUGUUUACAAGGGUGAUGGCCAGAUACCUGCCAGUGAAAUCUUUGUUACUAACGUCCGGUCACUUGGUGUUCAGGAAAAGGCCAAAUUAAAUGAUGAGAAAGUAAAUGAUGAUACCAACAGGGAUGGUGGCCCCCUGAGCCAUGGAUCUGUGGGCAACGACCUUGCUUUUGAGGGCAAAGGCCAAUUUUAUGAUUAUUUUGAGACUGGAUAUAACGAAAAAAGCAGUGUAAGUGAGUCUUGGAAAAAGUCCUUAAGGAAGAAGGAGCCUUCGCCGAGUAACAAACUGUGCUGUAGCAAAGGACAUAAAAUAUGAGCCAUCUUCUCACGCAAACUUUGAAGCAUGCACAGCAUGAUCAAUUAGCUCUCAUAAAUUUUAUUUUGAAUGGAUUUUAUAGUUUUGUACAACUGAUACAAUUAUGCCAUGAACAUGCCAUGUCGUUUAAAUGCCUGGAGAGCAGAUUGCAUAAAACAUCUGUAUUGUAGGCAUCGGCAGGCUACUCAUAAAUGUGGUGACGUUACCGAGAAGACAGUUGACUUAAUGCUUAAACGUAUAUCUUAGUUUUCUUACCGAGAAGAUCAGCAGAUUAGACUGGGGGACAGUGUGCCCUUGUGCUAUUUCCACGACCCGCAAGGAGCCUGUCACUAGCGAUGAACCUUCCACCUGUUUGCCAGUUAAUUAGGUAGUUAUUUGGUAAGCAAAUCAGUAUAACCAGCAAAGGAUGUCUGCUGCUUCUCUGUGAUACAGUAUUUUUUUCUGAAUAAAAGACUGAGGACAGGGAGCUAGAAGAAAUGGCUUCCUGGUGCUGUUAAAUAUUUGGAUUCAACCGUCUUGUGUGACAGAGGAAAAUAGGAUAGGAGGAAAUGAAACACCUGACCAGGGGCAACAAUCAAGGAUAUGAGUAGAGGGUGAUCCCUGCAAGUUCCUGGCUUGCCUGUGAUGGGUGAUGAGGCUUUUAGAAAGGUGUUAUACAGGGCGAUUUUUGGUGCCUUACUUUAUCUUAAUUUUUGCCAAUGUGAAAAUUAAGGAUAAAUCAGAGUACAGCAGGGAUUUAACAAACAGGAAAAAAAAUACAAACAGGGUGGAUCAAUAUUGUUUGGAAAUCUUUAACGUCGAACUAUUGCGUUCAACUUUUGAUUCAACAUCUCUAUUCUUCCUUUAUUUUUUGAUGCCCAAUUGCUUUUGGAUUUGGCAUUUUUAGAAAGGGAUGGAGGAAACAAUAGAGAGAGCUGUUAGAGACCAGCACUAGCUGCUCAAGCUUUUCUAUGGCAACGGUCUGUUGCUGGGGUUUGGGUUUUCUGGGUUUUGGGUUGUUUUGUUUUCUUGUCCAAUGAAGUUCAUGAACCAGUAGCAUGCAUCAUACUUUAAUCUGUUUUGCAUCAUUUCACUCGUUUAGAUUAUAAAAGCAUGUGGUUUUUUAUAUAUGACUUUUGCUGUUGAUUACGAAGCACAAUGUUAAUACACGAUGUGGUGAUCAAUAAGGUUUUAUCUUAAAGAAUGUAAAGAUUUUCGUUUGGGGAAAGUUAUUUUGGAGAAAUGGGACUCAGUCAGCAAAAGCUCCUAUGUAUUUGGCCAACAUUUUUCUCAGUCGUUUUUUUUCAUGUGUACGUUGGCAAGAGUGUUCAGAGGGGCCCCUCUGACCAUCCUUCCUUCCAUGCCAGCUAAUUCCUCCUGCUAAACUCUAUUUCCAUUUCCGAGGUUACUGACUGACUUGGGCCUCCUUACACAAUACUUCACAGGAAACAAAUUCCAAAUGGAGGAAAUAAGUUAAGUCCUCCCCGUUUCUCCAAGAUAAAGCUUUUUUUAUUAUUGCUAUUAAUAUUAAAUAUAGGUCUCAUUCAUACAGUGUAUGAGUAGGAUCGUCAUUUGGACAAUGUCCACAAGGACCAAUUUUUAAAACCCGUUCUUGUGUUUGGCUGAAUAGUCUAGUGAUGUUUUGUCCUUUAUUUUCAAUAUUUGAUAAACAUUUGAUGUUGAAAACUUAGAUGAUAGAUGCUUGUAUAUGAAUGUGUUGUAAUAAAGUGAGGUUUUCUUGAUAUAUAUUUAUUAAAAUGAUCAAAAUUCAUUCAGAUUUUCGUAUUUUAAUGACUGUUGGCUGUUUCUCUUUUCCGUUGCUCAUUCUCCUUUAAAAGAAAAGCUCAAAGUCACUAGAAAUUGUCACGGACAGUGGCCACACAGGCAUUUUCAGAGUUAGAGAGUGCUUUUUGAGAGGCCCAUCCAACAGGUGUUCUAGAAUGGUCCUCGUUUGCAGGUUUAGAUUACUGUUGAUUUAAGAGCAUAGUGUGACAUGGUUGGUGAUGGAUAAGGUUUUAUCUUAAAGGAUCUGAAGAUUUUUUGGCUUUUGUGAAGUUUCUGAAGAAAAAAAAAUAGCAUAAUAUGAAGUCAUAAAUAUUGAAUCCUAACUGAUUCUUUUUGAAUUGUCAGAUUGUCAAUUGACAGUUGUCAUAUAUAAGUGGUUAAAACAGCUGUGGAGGUAUUCCAUUUAAUUCUGUAUUAUUGUUGUUCUUAGAGGCUAAUAUUGCACUUGGUAAGAGAGGCGAGCUUGGAACUUCCCUGGUGGUCCAAUGGUUAAGACUCUGUGCUUCCAUUGCAGGGGUGAGGUUCAGUCCCUGGCGGGGGAACUAAGACCCUGCAUGCCACCUGGUGCGGCCAAAAAUAUCUUUUUAAAGGGAGUGGGCAAGCUAGUUGGAAAGUAAUUUGCCAAAAGCAGCAUUCUUAUUACGAGCAUACUACAUCAUGGAAAUUUGAAUAUGAAAGAAAGGACUUUUGUUUUUAAACCCCGCCGCUGCCCCUCCCCCUAACAGCCCAGUGUUACCAGAUAAUGGUGGCCAAAGCUAAAGAUAAUGGUGAAAUGAUGGAGUUGGUGAUUUUCUAGAGAACGCACUAGCGCUUCUCUGAAGGAUGAGACCUGCCUUUGAAUCCAGUAGCAUUAAAAUGCAUCAUAGUUCGUAAUCAAGUUUUUGACUGUAGGACAGUUCCAGCAUACUUAAAGGAAUACAUUUUCUUUAAAGAAAAAAAUAAUCCCUAAACAUCCACCCAAAUAUCAAAAAUGUUCCUACUGUUGUUACGAAAGCAUUAUGGCCUCCUGUGUGAUAUCUACUCAAGAGAUAUUAACUUAGAUUUUCCUGAGUGGACAAGGCUCCCCUUCAUUGUAAGGUAAGCCUCUGAAUUGGGUUCUCUAGUUAUAUCCUCAGAGAUGGGAAAAGCUAAGACUGCCCUCCACACCACACCGCUGUCUCUCUACCUGGAAAUAAUACUCUGCUUUCUUUGCUUUAAGGAAAAUCUCAUAGGGCCAGAAGCCAGACUUUUAAAAUUUAAAUGAGGGGAAAUCUUCACUCAAGAAAAUGGCCCAGCUCCCCGAAGUUUGCCUUUAAUUGCUACUCCCCUAGGCACCUAGGUGCACGUCUUUAACCAAAUCAUUAACCUCCACCUCUGGUCCUUCCUCUCUUCAAGCGGGUGAUUUGUAGAUGAGAGCCUGGCAAAGGCUCUUUAAAAGGGCAAAGUAUCAUCAUCUUAUGCUUCCAUUCUUAAAAUCCUAUUAUUCUAUAGUUCACCUUGAAGGGGAUAAGACUGUAAGGACAGGAACCUGGGGGGGGGGGGGGCGGGAGUAGGAAAAACUUAAACCAGGUGAAAAUAAAUGACCCUAAUCAAUAAUUAGGGUCAAGGAUCCGCCUGAUAUUUGAAGACAAUGGAAAUGUUUAUCGGGCGGAAGAUCCUUGACCCUAAUUUGUUACAUAGAUGCUGAAGCAAGUGCAUGUAAUAGUCUUUGCUUUUAGAGCUCAUAGAUAACUUCAUCAAAGCAUGGCUACCCGCCCCUCCAAAUGUGAACUUGUAUUACAGCUUUCCUUGAGGACUUCCUUUCUGUAUAUCCAGAGCAAAGAACAACUUGCAGAAAACAUGGGUGUUAAAAGGUGUCAAACUCACAAUAAAUAUCAGGCAGGGAUAUGAGGACAUUUGCAGUGCAGCUAAGCUUUUAUAUCCUUCAAACAAACUAUGAGCAACAAAAGUUUCUGAAAAUAGUUGUGCAAAUCCAUUUUGAUGACAGCCCCUGAAAUUUGCAGUCAUUGUAUUUGUAAUGCAAUCACAUUGCUGCCAGUUUAACUAGGCCUUUUCAAAAACAAGGAUUUGGCAUGGCAUUAAUAAGGAUGGUUUAAACUAGAUGCAGAAAUGUCUCGUGAAGAUAAGAAUGACAUCAAUAUUUAAUAAAAGAGACAAUAUAUGUUUUCUAGGAAUUCAUUUUAAGAUUGUUGUGUUUUGAUUCUGUGGUUUAAAAUAAAUGCAUUAAGGAUCUUUUAAAUGAACUA